CGGCUCCACGCGGCCGUAAGCGCGCUGCGCCCGGACACCAACAGCAGGCCCAUCAGCAGCCGCACGCGUCAACUGUGAACCCGGCGACACCAGCCCCGACUACUACAACCGGGCCCGCUAGUUCAACCACACCCGCACCCGCCCCCACUCCCACCCCAGUCUCCGCGGCACCGGCACCCCCGAUGCAGCAAGUCACUCCCGUUGUCCCCCCGGCGAUUCCUGCCAAGGAAGAAGCCACAACUCCGGUUGUGCCACCCCCGGCUAAGAAGAGUCGAACGAAUACGCCCUGGACCCCGGCCGAGGAACUGCGACUAAAGCAGAUGAGGGAUGCGGGCAAUAGCUGGGCCGAAAUUGCUAAGACUUUCCCGACGCGAACUGAAGGUAGCGUUAAGAAGCAUUGGUAUAAAGAUAUGCAUUACGCUGAGUUCGCCGAAGACGAGAGCCAAGCGCUCCUCAGCGCCAUCAAGGAUUACGAGAACAACAAGUGGAAGACCAUUGGUCAAAAAGUUGGAAAGCCAGCGAAGGCUUGUGAGCAAUAUGCCAAGGAGCAUUUUCCAGAACUGUUCUCUACGCAAAAGGCACGUUAAGAAAGCCCAGGCUCUAAGCCCUCCAUUUCGUUCUGAGUCCCAUCUUUUGGCGUUGACACACCCUAUAUGCUUCGAUCUGCUCAUUCUUAUCAGGUUUUGUAAGAGAACAGGCUCUAUGAGGUCUUUCUUCGGCAAGCCCACUAGUACGUGGAGACCGCGCUUUCACAACUUUAUGACCUCUAGUUGCAUCGCAAUACGGGAUGAAGGGAGAUCAACGACACGACGGCGUAUCGCCAAACUCCCAUUUUCGUCUGUAGUUCUGUUUCGGUAUAUUAUUUUCGGCAAGGAUACGGUUUUCAUUUCUUUUCACAGCACGAUUCCCCCACGGGAGAAUGGAUGGAUUGUCAAAUUACGGAAUUCGGGAAGAAUCAGACUUGUAUUCUUUGGUCUCGAAUGAUUUAUGUCUCGAGGCAUUCUGGUAGGGGGGCUGAAGGACUAUAACAAGAAAAAAAAGAAGUUACCAUAAAACCAUGGCGAUGUUGAUGCGUGACUGAGUCAGUCAGACGUGCGCUUGGGAGGUUUUAAUGAAAGGUCGAUAGGAGGUGAAACAUUUGAUUUACUAUGCGGUUGGCAGUCAAUAGACGAGUCCUUUUUAAUAUUCGCCAUUUGCAAGCCCUGGUACCAGUGUUUUUGCAACGGUGCCCUCUUCCUAUAAUAUACCCGAAAAGGUAACGGGUACAGAGGUAGCUUGUAGAAUACGACUGUUAUCCUUUACUGUCAUUCAA